AUGUCAUCCAACACCGUGGACAAGUCUACAAACGCCGGUUUGAAGAAUUUACUUGAUCCGGAGCUUCCCGUUCUGAAGUCGAUAUGCUUCAAUGCGGACAUCACUCCAGUCACUGUACAGACACUACUUCGCUGGAUAGGUAUCAUGCCGAUCAAACAAUCAUCUGACGACGAAGACGGGAGCGAGGAUGAGAGCGAGGACGAGAGCGAGGACGAGCACGAGGAGUACAAGGACGAAACCAUAGUCGUGAAGCCGGUGAAGUUGAUACACCGGGAUGUUCUGAAAUAUGAGCCGUAUCCCUUGUCCGAUUGCCUCGAGAACUCUACUCUUCUGACACCAGGAGUGUACGGCUGUUUUCUUCAAGAAGACCCGACUCAGGUCCCGGAAGUGGUUCCUAUCAUACCUCCUCAGGGUGUUUCUACCUUCGCAAAGACUCUAGAGAACAGCAUAGAGCGUAUCAAAAUGUUCGAUAAUGACGGUGUCGACCUGGCCGAAUUCCUCGGACAGUCGAAUAUCUCAGAGGCUCUGCGUGAGCAGUUCAAAUAUCCGCGCGACAAGUGCGCUUUUACUGGCUUAACAAGCGACGCCAGUACCGCUUCGUUGGAGUUGUACUGGAUUUUUCAUCCGAAGAUGUGUAAAACCAAUGUCGCAGAGCGAGAGUAUGAACUCUCGCGGAAGCUUUGCCACGUCGUGGAUAAUAUGCUUCCCAUGCGUCCUGAAGUGCACGAGCUGUGGUUUGCAAACGAGUUCAGCGUCGAUGUUGAUGACGAAUGGCGGAUUCGUACCUUCACUAAGUCGGCAGCUAAGAUGGGCUUUCCUGCGCGUUUCAACGCCCCCGACCCGCAAAAAGAGAAGUUCUUCCGUGAACAUUUCUUCCACACGUUGUUGGUCCGGUUCAAUGGCGGAGACGCUCGCAGGGAUUACAAUAUGAACCAGGCGACAGACAUCCGAUCACACCUGGACGACCACGGGUCUCGCAUUAACAUUGAGGACGAAGUUUGGAAAGGACCCCUCGGGAAGGACACCUUGAAGCUACUUCACGACGAAGACACAUCGGAGGAUGAUGAUUGA